CAGGUUAUAGUUUCGGUUUAAAAAUUAACGGCGCCACCGGAGAAGCCAACGCGAAUUUUUGUGCCACUGUACACUCAGCCCAUUGAAGUGAUGAUUCGUUCGUUCCGUUUUCCCAUGUUGUCCAUUUCAGUAUGGACGACAUUGCUUCUUUUGGUGAUUUCCUUUGGUCAUGCUCUAAACGAAGACGAUCAAGACGGUGGACCUCCUUCGCAUCGUAGCAAUAGCUCACAAUCCUCAGGACUGUUGAUGAAUCAAGCUGGUCGUCUUCCAAUCAGCAACAAUAAUAACCCUACGGCGUUCUUUCGGCAGCAAACACCCCAGCAGUUUGGCGGAUUACCUUUCCAACAGUCAGGGAUUGGAUUUCCGUUCAACGGAGCGGCAGGAGGGUUCCAGCAAAAUGGAUUUCCACUGCUAAAUAGUUUCCAACAGAGCGGAAUCCCACAGCAGAGUGGCUUCCAGCAGAGCAGUUUUCCACUGAAUAGUUUUUCGCAAAACGGCUUCCAGCAGCCAGCCUUCCAGCAAAGCAGUUUGCCUCAAAACAGUUUUCUACAAAAUGGCUUUCAGCAAAGCAGUUUCCCACAAAACAGCUUCCAACAAACACUGCCCCAACAGCAAAACGGCGCACUGCUGGGCCAAGGAAGUCAAUUUAAUUCAUUGGGUUUGCAGAAUCAACUAGUUGGAGCACAACUGGGUCUUCAAAAUCAAUUCAGUGGAAACAAUUUCCAAAAUCAGCUGGGCAUUCAGAACCAGUUGGGAUUUUCUCAAAAUCCUUUUGGGCUGGGCCUAUUGCAGCAACAAAGUCAACUGGGUCUCCAAAACCAGUUUGGUUUGUCUAAUCAAUUAGGUAUUCAAAAUCAGAUGGGCGUUCAAAAUCCGUUUUUGCUUCAAAAUCAACUGGGACUCCAGAAUCAAUUAAAAGGACAGCAGCAAAGCCCCUUUAGCUUUUCGCAACAGUUAGGUGGUUCGUCUGGGUUCAGCAACGAUCCUCAAUUGGGAUUCGGGCAGUCGAGCUUCGGUAAUUUCCCGCAGAAUAACGGCGGAUCUCAAUUUGGCGGAGCAGGCUUCGGAACGGGAUCAACUUCUUCCUUGGGAUCUAAUCAGAUCCUUUUACAAGGAGGCCAGUUUCAGGAUUCUUCUUCACCGUCGGGUUUACAAUUCGGAUCCCAAACCCGCUUCCCCUUUGGCACAUCGUCUUUGACAAACAAUCGUUUCCCCAGUAAUAGUCAGGCCGGUUUGGGUGAGUCCCAAUUUGGAAGUCAAUUCACCAAUAACCAAUUCAAUAACAGAGAUCCAUUCAUGAGCCAGCGACCCCAGUUGCAAUCUUCGCUCGACACUAGACAACAAAAUCGACUAGGCCGUGAUGGCGAAUUCUUUCCAAACGAACGAGCUCUGUCUUUCAACAACACAUUCGACGGUACUUCUCAAUUCCAGUCGCUUCAGCAGCAGCAACCGCAACAACAGCCGCCGAUAAAUCCAUUUCUUUCGCAGCAGUUUUUGGGAUCUUUUAACAACCAACAACCCUUUGCUGGUGGAAACCCACUACCUUUGUCAUUUAACCAAGAGCAGCUGCGUCCACAGCAGUUCAAUCCUUUUCCUUCGACGUUGAAUCAACAACAGUCACAGAACCAACAACAGUUAGGGCCAUUUGGUACACUGCCGUCGUUCAACGAUCGGCCGCCGAUGCAAUUUAACAAGGCGCCUUUCAUCAACAACAAUCAACAAGAUUUUGGCCCGAAUCAAUCAUUGAUGGGUACAUCGGGAAACACUUUAUCAGAACAACAACAAAUGCGCCAGCCACAAAAGCCUCAGCAAGCGCAAUCACUUCCACUACCCAUUCCCAUGACUGGAUUUUCCUGUGAAGGCCGUCCUCCAGGUUAUUAUGCGGACAUGAAGAAUGAAUGUCGAACUUUCCACAUUUGCAUCGACGAUGGGUCAACAACUGGACUGAAAAGAUCAUUCGCUUGCCCCAACGGCACUUUAUUUGAUCAAGUCAAUAGCGUUUGCCAGUGGAAGGAUGACAUGGAUUGCUCCAGGAGUCAGCUCUUUUUCCCCCGUCCGGCAGCCUCUACAACAGCAUCGAUUAAAUCAAACAGCGGAGAUAUCCGCCCUACAUCGAGUCCUUUCAAUACGCAGAUUCAGUCGCCGCCGAGGAAUAAUUUCGCUGACAGCACUCCACCGACCAGUUUUCUGCAUUUUGGCGUCGGGCAACCCAGUCCGUCUCACGGCUCCCUCGACGCCGGACGUAGUCUUGAUGACACAAGACGGAAUGCGGACAUCAGCCUCAUUCGAUCGAGAAGCACUUUAUAUACUCCACCACAAAUCCGGCCGCCACUCUUUCGUCCUUCCGAGCAGCUAGAUGAUCGCCGGAAGGCGUAAUAACUGAAAGAUAUGGACGACGAUCGUCAAGACAUGAAGAAUAUUGUUACUUGAACUUUCAAUUUGAAUUUCGCGUUGGAAAUUAUCAUUUUGUUCACUGUGUGUUUGUGCUUGUCGACUUUCGUUAAAACAAGACCGAAGGUUUGUCACAAUGCACAAUUAAUAAGCGAUAUAUCAUACAUAUAUUUUGUAUUAUUA